AACCAACCCCCUCUGCCGUCUGCGCAGCCAGGAACCGAGUCAAGCACGACGUGAUACAUUGCACAACACUCCCGGUUCCGUCCGCCUCGCAUAAUACCUAUGGGUGCCAAGUCUCGCCGCGCCAAAUCGCCCACGACUCCGAACGGCUCCCUCGGGCGCACAUCCGGGCGGAAACACAACGGUCACGCUGCCGGCAUGAAUUCCAACGUCGAGCUGCUACGGCGCAACAUAUCGCACGAGACGUCGACAUCGGAGGGGGCUGCCGCGAACUUGAUGGCCCGCGACACCUUCUCCCUCGACGACCCUGUGCCCAAGCAGCCCACAAUCAACAACCAUGGCUUCUUUGAUCUGCCCCCGAAAGACCAGAGGAACUUUGGCCUGCUGGUCCUGUUGUACUUUCUCCAGGGUAUCCCGCUGGGCCUGGCCACCGGCUCCGUGCCGUUCCUGUUGAAGAACCACAUGUCGUAUGGCGAGAUUGGCAUCUUCAGCUUAGCGUCCUACCCCUAUUCUCUGAAGCUCUUCUGGAGUCCUAUCGUGGAUGCCGUGUGGAGUCCCAAGGUCGGCCGGAGAAAGAGCUGGAUCGUUCCAAUCCAGUUGCUCUCCGGGAUUGGCAUGCUGUGGUUGGGCUCGAGGAUCGAGUCCAUGAUGGAGCUCACGGGCAAGCCCGGCGGCCCCUCCGUAUGGGGUUUUACCGCCUGGUGGUUCUUCCUGGUGCUCAUGUGCGCCACCCAGGACAUUGCUGUCGACGGGUGGGCGCUGACCCUGCUGACGCCGGGUAACGUGUCAUACGCCUCGACCGCGCAGACGGUCGGCCUCACUGCCGGCCAGUUCCUCUCGUACACCGUCUUCCUGGCCUUCCACUCAAAGGAUUUCGCCAACAAGUGGUUCCGCACUGAACCUCUCGAUCACGGGCUGCUGAGCCUGGGCGGCUACCUCAACUUCGCGGGAUGGGCCUACAUCGUCGUGACCGUCGGCCUGGCCCUCCUGAAGCGCGAGGAAAAGACCAGGAACGAAGACGGCAUCUGGGACGUCUACAAGAUUAUGUGGGGCGUGCUCAAGCUGAAGAAUAUCCAAACCAUCAUCCUCGUCCACCUCAUCGCCAAGAUCGGCUUUCAAGCGAACGACGGCGUCACGGGCCUCAAGCUCCUCGACAAGGGCUUCGGCACCGACAACAUGGCGCUCACCGUGCUGAUUGACUUCCCCUUCGAGAUCGGGCUGGGCUACUACGCCGGCAAAUGGUCGCAGGAGUACACCCCGAUGCGCCUCUGGUGCUGGGGCUUCGCCGGCCGUCUCGCCGCCGCCGUCCUCGCCCAGUUCAUCGUCUCCAUCUUCCCCGCCGGCGGCGUCACGUCCUGGUACCUCCUCGCCGUGAUCGCGCAGCACGUCUUCUCGACCUUCACCAACACCGUCAUGUUCGUCGCCGUCGCCGCCUUCCACGCGCGCAUCGCCGACCCCGUCAUCGGCGGCACGUACAUGACGCUGCUCGCGACCGUGUGCAACCUAGGCGGCACCUUCCCACGCUUCUUUGUCCUGCGCAUGGUUGACUACUUCACCAGCGCGACCUGCAUCCCGGGUAGCAGCUCAGAGCCAACCUCGGCCGCGGCGGCCGUGACGGAGCCCUUCAGCUGCGCCGUCCAGGCAGACAAGGAGCGCUGUCUCGCCGGCGGCGGCACCUGCGAGAUGCAUCGUGAUGGCUACUACAUUGUCAACAUCCUCUGUGUGCUGAUCGGCGUCGUCACAUUCGUCCUCUUCAUUCGUCCCAAGGUGCUGCAGCUUCAGGCAUUGCCACUUUGGGCGUGGCGUUUGUCUUCGGCUCCCUCGGCUUCCAAAUACUGACAGGGUUUGGUCUGGGAUCUGUAUCGGGCAUAUAUGUGCCCUGCUUGCUGGCCAACAAUUCGGUCAGAGUGUAUAUAGAUGAACGGAAUCUCAUCCGUCAGCCGGAAGUUGUGUUGUUGUGUCUUCCCGAAAGUGAUCGAGGCGCCAAGCGAGGGCUGCGACCAAGAAAGCAUGAGAGCUUUGCUCUGCUGUUGUUCAUUGCGCGCCCGAGGCAAGCCGUUGGCCCUC